AGAGUGCCGCCCACAACCGCAAUGAUGCGAUCCUCGACGCUGCUCGACGCCUUCCGUGGCCUCCAAAUCUCGGCCACCUCUGCAGCAAGGACGCUUGCCACCCCAGUCCGGCCUCAAUUGGCGCGAUCAGCCGUCGCCGCUGCGCUGCGCGAUGUCCGCCCUUUCUCGUCAACACCAGCCCGCGAGGGCAGCUGGCUCGAACCCUCGAUCGACCGAACGAAGAAGAUGAUGAAGGGCAGGCCGCGUGUCGCGACGGGAGGCUCUGUAAAGGGCACGACGGUCAUGUGGGGUGACUAUGGUCUGCGCAUGAAGGACCACCACCGCCGCAUCAGCGCCAAGCAGCUCAAGAACGCCGAGGACACCAUCAAGACGAGACUCCGUGGAACAAAGUACCGACUGUACAAGAGGGUGGCAUGCAACGUGGGCGUUUACGUCUCCGGAAACGAGAUUCGUAUGGGUAAGGGUAAGGGUGGCUUCGACCAUUGGGCCGCGCGUGUUGCCGUCAACCAAGUUGUGUUCGAGGUCAAGGGACUCGUUCACGAGGCUGUCGUCAAGGAUGCUUUCCGUCUGGCCGGCAACAAGCUCCCCGGCCAAUGGGAGUUCGUGCAGAAGGGAGAGCCUCCUGUCGUCGGCAUCACCAAGCUGGACGGUGUGACUCUGGAGGAGCUGAAGCGACCGAGGAAAAAGAUUGAACCUGAGCAGCUGUUGCAACAGGCACAGGCUACUCAGACGCCUAGUGAGACUGUGGCUGCGGCCCCCUCGGCGCCGGCGUCAUAGAGAUCAAGCCUUACGGGACAAUCACGACUGUAUUAUAGCGUGCCAUGCCAGGCAUAGCACCAGGCAUGCGAGAUAAAGUGAGAUGGGAGCAGAUGUCUGUACGAUAUGAACGGACUUGAAAGCUUGCUUCGCCAUAUGAGCUUUCAAGUCCUGAAAAUGUAUCCUGAC